AUGGUGUACACCACACAAAUCUUUGGCGACGCGCGUCAGUUGUCCGUCGCUAUCUUCGAACUGAAAGUCCACCGGGCGUGGUCCUCUAUCGAGCGUAGACACAGUACAGAUACAGACACGUACACAGCCAUGGCCAAAAAGACCGGAGCGACGACGGCGGACGCGGGCGUGGGCUCCAUCCUGGGCGACUUCUGCGCCAAGUACGACAAGACCACGCCCAAGAAGAUCAAGCUCAUCGACGGCUUCCUAGCCUACGUGCUGGCCACGGGCGUGCUCCAAUUUAUCUAUUGCCUGCUGGUGGGCAACUUCCCCUUCAACUCGUUCCUGGCCGGCUUCGUGUGCACCGUCGGCGUCUUCGUGCUUGCUGUGUCGCUGCGGAUGCAGAUCAACCCCGAGAACAACUUCGGCGACCGCACCGAGCAGCGCGCCUUCGCGGACUACCUCUUCUGCAACAUCAUCCUCUUCCUCGUGGUCUUCAACUUCAUGGGCUAAGUGUCGAGACAAGGCUUCGUGGCUUGCUUGCUUGUUGCUGGGUCGAGGCUGUGCUGUGUCGGAGUCAGAGGGAUAAGCGAAAUGACACGCGCAGGAUUGCAGUAUGGAAUGGAACGCGCGCGUCGAGCUGCUAGCGUUGCAGAGUUGCAGUGGUGCAGAAGCUACGAAGAGCACAGGAACAGCUUUUUGACGGCUUUCUCGUCCAAGUAAGCAAGCAGCAGAGCGAGUCUCUCGCCCCUUAAAAGUUUUCUUUUGCGUGAGAAAAGAG